ACCUGUGCUUUCAAGUUACCAGUUGUCUAUGUUGUACUCUAUGUGAUUGUCUCACCUACAUUAAAACUGCAAUUUCAGUACAAUUUCCAAGGAGUUGGGACAAUUGAAUUUAGAAGGGUUAAUAAUUAUUAGACUUGAUAUGAUAAGGAUCAAAAUAAUCUGAUAAACCUAAGACACUUCAGUUAACUCUGUGCUCAUUUCUUUCUUUAAAGGUCUUAUGGUGUCUCCAUCCCAAUGACGCCAUGAGAGAGUUCAACCAGACUUGCUUGACUGAGAUCAUCCUUUUAGGCUUCUCCAAUUUCCAGACCACACAGAAGCUUUUGUUUGGUCUUGUACUAAUUUUCUACCUGGUGACACUCGCUGGGAACAGUCUGAUUUUGAUCCUCACCAUCACCGAGCCCAUGCUUCACACACCAAUGUACUUCUUCCUCCAGCACCUGUCCAUGCUGGAAAUUGGCUACACUUCAUGCAUCAUCCCCAAGACCCUAACACACUUGUGGUCAGAGAAACAAACCAUCUCCUUUGCAGGUUGUGGAACUCAGAUGUAUUUCUUUGUUCUUUUUGGCAUCACAGAGUGUUGCCUUCUCUGUGUGAUGGCAUACGACCGCUAUGUUGCCAUAUGCAAACCUCUGCAAUACCCAUGCAUCAUGACUCCCCGGGAAUGUGCUCAGCUGGCUGCCAUCUCAUGGGCCAUUGGUAUUUUGGUAGCUUUUGGACAGUGUGUUCCAAUAUUUACUCUUCCCUUUUGUGGACCUAAUAGAAUAAGCCAUUUUUUCUGUGAUAUUCUGCCUGUCUUGAAACUGGCUACGACCAACACCAUCAUUAAUGAGAUGGUAGUUGUUGCUGUAACAGUGUUCUUCAUCCUUGUACCCUUUCUGCUCAUCAUCUUGUCCUACAGCCUCAUCAUCUCCACCAUCCUCAUGAUGCCUGUGGCUAAGAACAGGUACAAAACCUUCUCUACUUGUGCUUCCCACCUCAUUGUGGUUUCUCUUUUCUUUGGAACUGCCACCUUCACCUACAUCCGACCCAAAUCAGCCCACUCCUUGGGCAGCGAUAGGAUCCUGUCCCUCCUCUACACAGUAGUCACGCCAACAUUUAACCCAAUCAUUUACACAUUGAGAAAUAAAGAGAUAAAAGUAGCAUUUAAAAAAUCAAUGUUGCAGAAAACUGUCUUCUGCAGAUAAUCGGAAAUCAUCACCUGUUAUGUCAAACCACUAUCACAUAUUUUGUUACCCAUUAAACUAAUCCAUAUUCAAUUAUAUAUGAC